ACUUUAUUGCUUUAUUGCGCGCUCAGAUGAGCUCAAGAGAUUAUUUAUGUAAAGAUAAUAGUUUGUUUCUUGUUUAUAUUUUAAAAUUUUUGUAUACAUUUUUUGAAACAUUCACAUAUCCUCUCGAACGUUUUGAAACAAACUUCAAUAUGACUAGUAUCGAGAUUGUAUGUCGUUUUUGUUUACGGUACCAGAGCCGAAUGUGGUCACUGAAGGCUCUAUAUGAGAAACAAGCCACUUUUCUGGAAAAAGUGUAUCAAUGUACCCAGAUUAAAAUAAUAGAUGUAGAUGAAUUACGCACGUGGGUGUGCUACAAGUGCUAUCAAAACAUUCAGAAAUUUUGUGCCUUUCGGGAAAUGCUCCGCGGGAACCAAGGUGUUUUCAAGCAACGCUUCGAAGAAGAACAACUGGAGCAAAUGAGCGUAGUUAGUUCAAAUGACCAUCAUCAGGUUGAGGUGUUCUAUGAUUUCGCCGGAGAUUUGGAAUCUUACUGGGAACCCGAGCUAUCAAACACGGAAAAGCAUUGGUGGGACACAGGAGAGACAAUAGACGAAUUACGAAAACAUGAGGAUUCAGGAUUCAAUGAUGAUCCACUGGAUAGAAGAGCAAUCUCUCUGGAAAACCCCGAUAAAUCAAUAUAUUCGGAAAUGAUUAAAUGUGAGACAUGUAAACAAAAAUAUCCAUCAAGUGCCAACGAUAGCUGUGAAGAGUCGAUCGAAGAUCAUAUUUGCAUAGAGUAUAACUAAUUUAAUAUUUUAAAAAAAGCUGAAAUAAACUGAAUUUAAAUUAUCCAUAGAAUGUGAAA